AUGUCGACACCGGAGAAAAGAGAGCCCCAUCAUAAAUUUAUCAAAUCUGGGCAUCUACCACCUCCACCACCAUCGUCUUGCAAAAAACCUCGGUCACAAUCGCUGACACCAGAUCGAGACGAAAAACUCGCAUCGUCAAACGAUGAAACAGCACCUGCGUCAUCAACCAAAAAACUUGAGUUUGCUGAAAUUCGAAAGAAAUUCGAAAAUCAAAAACACGCUGACGUACCUACACAUCAUGUAUACAAAAAACGAACUUCUGUACCAGCAUCAUCAAUUACUCAGACCAAUACUUCACAUAUAUCGGCUCCUUGUCCUGCGAAAGCAGUUAAAAUUUUAACAACACAUUUCAACCAAUCGAAUGAUUCGAACACCACUGAAACAACUCUUGUCAAGCCAUCCGUAUUUUCGAGAUCGAAAUCAGGGUCACCUAGUGCAUCAUCUGACGGGACAAAUGGUUCAGCAAUAAAAAAUAUUCUUCGGGUUUCAAUGAACCGAAUGAUGAAUUCUAUAAUGAACUCAUCGAUUGAAGAAAAUGAGAAUUUACCAUCACCAUCACCAUCACCAUUACCUAAAUCAGAUGAUUCUCCUUCAUUGCCAGAAAAUGACAAUCAACAGUCAACGUCAGUUCGAAAAAUUCGUGAAAAAUUCGAUGGAGAAAAACGUCAUCAUUAUUAUCAACCAUCAGUAAAAAGCCGUGAUUCUCCACCGAUAAGUAAGUCAUCUUCAUCCAGUUUUGCAUCAAAUAAUAAUGAACCUCCAUCUCGUUGGCCACCCCGCCCAGAACAUUUCCUUAAAUCUCAAUCGUCCGAUUGGCAUUCCGUACAAUCACUCGAUACAGCUGAUAGUGUAACCGGUGAUGAUAGUCUUUCGUCCAAUCCAAUCAUUAGUAGGCAUAAUUCAUCCGAUGCAUCGUUUAGUGACGAAGAAGAAGAUUAUGAAGCUGAGCGACAAACUAAAUUACGUCGAUGUCUUGAAGAAGUUAAUGCCACUGAAAAAACUUAUGUGAACAUUCUCUAUGUACUUUCCGUUAAACUCUCAGCCGAAAUAAAAAAUACAUGUGAUAAAGACGAUAAUCUUAUUUUAACGUUUAAUAAUACUUAUAAACCAUUGCUUGGUACUAUACAACAAAUAUAUCAACUUCAUUAUGGUAUGAUUGCUCCUGAAAUAGAAGAAUAUAUAAUCGGUCAGCGUACCGGUAAUAUGUGGUCAGUAUUAGAAAAGAAUUUCAAAGUCAUUGAAGUAUUAUAUAAAAAUUAUUACGUGAGUUAUGCUGAUAUUCAAGGAAAAUUAGAUGAAUUAUGUAGAAAUAAUCCAUUGAUUAAUGAAGCAAUGAUUAAAUGUCAAACAUAUCUUGGCAAUUUAUAUCCAAUUACACAGCUGAAUUGUCCAAAUCAACGUUUACUUCGUUAUAUUCUUUGUAUGAAAACUUAUUUGAAAUAUCUCGAUGAAAAUUCUGCUGAACACAAACACACACGUUCUAUACACGAUGAACUUGACCGUAUAGCUGGACGUUGCGAAGAAGAAUUACUUAUAUCGCCUACACAGUUAAAUGAAUUAAAAGAACGGCUUGAUAAUAAAUUUGAAUGCUUUAAGGAACAACGUAAACUUAUGUGGCAUGGUCAAGUUAAGAAAGUAUCACCACGUCGACAUGCUGACAUUGCUCAACGUUAUAUGAUUUUAUUUUCUGAUUGUAUACUUGUAUGUAGUGAAGAAUCCGGACGAAAACUAGAAAUAAAACGUGAAUUAUCAAUGAGAGGUAUAACGAUAGACGUUGUACAAACUGGACGACCAUUCACGGUGCCAAGUAGUGAUCCACAAGCGAAUCCAACUACUUAUUACCAAUUUCGUGUUAAUGCUGUAGAAAAAUCCUAUGAAUUCUUAGUGGAAAAAGAAUCUGAACGUGAACUUUGGGUGAAAAAAAUUCGACAAGUAACUGAUGAUUAUAAUAAUAGAAAUCAAGCUACAGAAAUGCGUCACUCGAUUCGACAACAGCUUGAAGAACCACAACCUGGUACACGAGCGCCUAUAUGGGUGAAUGAUGUUGAUGUAUCGCGUUGUCAAAAUUGUAACAAUCGUUUUCGAACAACCAUCAUUCUAUCUCGACGACAUCAUUGCCGUUGUUGUGGCCGAUGUGUGUGCGGCUCUUGUUCAACGAAAAAACUAACUCUUGAGUAUUGUAAAACUGAAGCUGACGUACGUGUUUGUGAUACGUGUUACACAAGUUUUACUGGCCAUCCCCUGGCGAAAAACUCAAGUAUAUGGCCUAAAACAACUCGUCAUGUUGAUCAAACAAUACUUUUUGGUGAUUUUCGUUCGGUCAGUUCGGGUACACUUGUUUGGAUAGCUUUACAAGAAGACUUUCAAUUGCAUGUAUUUGGUGCUAAACUUGAUGAAGCCGAAGACUAUUGUAUAAUUCUGUCGGAUUUACUCGAUCUACAAUUUGAAGCUGAGACACGAAAAUUUGAAUUAAAAGAAACCACAAAAAAUCAUUCGUUUGCUAUUGAUUCAAAUCAUCAAAUAACCUAUCCGAAAAGUGAUUUUAUUGACGAACAAUUAAAAACUACCGAUAGUAAAUUAACAUUUUAUGCAAAUCUAUGGCACGAAGCCAUGCAACUAGCACGUUCAACAACACUUCCCGAUUGGUAUAUUCGAAAGCGUGAUUCAACUGAUAGUGGUGUGAGCAAUGUUGGUUAA